AUGGAUGUUGAUACUGCUUUCUUAAACUCGCAGAUGGAAGACGCAGUCUAUGUCAAACAACCUCCUAGUUUUAUUGAUUCAGAUCCUGCUCACGAAGGUUGGGUUUGGAAGUUAUAUGGUGGAAUGUAUGGUUUAAAACAGGCACCUUUGUUUUGGAACAAGCAUAUUAAUCGUUCCCUGACUGCAUUGGGUUUUACUCGAAAUGAAAAAGAGUUUGGUCUCUAUUUCAAACAAACUGCGGAUGGUCCUUUACUUAUUGGUCUUUAUGUCGAUGACUUGUUGAUUGCUGCUCCCUCUCCCCGAAUUCUGUCUUUGACCAAAAAGAAACUACAGGAACUUUAUUCCAUGAAAGACCUUGGACCUGUUUUCAAAUUUCUCGGGAUGAACAUCACUCAAUUCUCCAACGGUAAUAUUACUCUGUCACUUGCAGACUAUAUUGCCAAAGCUGCUCCUGAUCAACAAACUCCUCUCCACAAGAAAGUUCAUAUUCCUUUGUUCCCUACUAUUAAUUACUUCGACGACAACUCCCCUGUCGCUGAAAAUGUUCCUGCUUAUCAGAGAAUUGUCGAUCAACUCAUUUUUAUUGCGAAUGCAGGUCGUCCUGACAUUGCUUACUCUGUUUCUCUACUCCCUCGCUUCCUUAAGGAUCCUCGAGUUGUUCAUGUCUAUGCUGCUCAUCGAGUUAUGCAAUAUCUGUAUACUACUUGUUUCCAGGGUCUCAGUUAUCGCGCGGGCUCGCCGCUUCAGCUUACUGUUUAUUCCGAUGCUUCGCAUGGCUCUUUAGCGGAUAUGCCCUUCUCAACGGGUGGUUAUGUCACUCGUCUAGCUGGUGGUUGUGUUACUUGGUCCUCCAAAAAGAUUAAGACGACGGUCUCUCUUCUACCGAAGCCGAAUAUAUUUCUGCUAGUGAAGCUGUUAAAGAAAUUGAAUGGCUCUCAAACUUGUUCAAGUAUAUGA